AUGUCUGUUUCACACAGUUCCAGGCUCAACAAGGGGGUGAGGGAUCAGUAUAUGAAGCUGCCCCAAGGGGGCAUGGUCCAGGUGACCUACGUAUGGAUUGAUGGCACUGGAGAAGGGGUCCGCUGCAAGACAAAGACCCUGGACCAUGAACCCAAGUCUGUUGAAGAGGUCCCAGAAUGGAACUUUGAUGGCUCAAGCACAUACCAAGCCGAGGGCUCCAACAGCGACAUGUACCUCGUCCCUGUUCAGAUGUUCAGAGACCCCUUCUGCCUGGAUCCCAACAAGCUGGUCAUGUGUGAGGUCCUAAAAUACAACCGAAAACCAGCAGAAACCAACCUGCGUCACACAUGUCGGCGGAUCAUGGAGAAGGUGACUGAUCACUACCCAUGGUUUGGAAUGGAACAAGAGUACACGCUUCUUGGUAUUAAUGGACAUCCAUAUGGCUGGCCUGAAAAUGGCUUCCCAGGACCGCAAGGUCCCUAUUACUGUGGAGUUGGUGCAGACAAAGUCUAUGGGCGGGACAUUGUGGAAAGCCACUACAAAGCCUGCUUGUAUGCUGGCAUCAAAAUCUGUGGCACAAAUGCUGAAGUUAUGCCAUCACAGUGGGAGUUUCAAGUUGGACCCUGUGAAGGGAUUGAUAUGGGUGACCACCUUUGGAUGGCUCGCUUCAUUCUACACAGAGUAUGUGAGGACUUUGGUGUCGUGGCAACUCUAGACCCAAAACCCAUGACUGGCAACUGGAAUGGGGCUGGAUGUCACACAAACUACAGCACGGAAGACAUGAGGAAAGAAGGAGGACUGAAGUGA